AUUUUGUUUUAAUUCGCUUAUUUUCAAUAAUUAAACAUUUUUUAAAAAUAACAUUUAUACUAGAAAAGUAGUUUAUUUAAAUAUUACAAUGAGAUUACUCACUCAUAAUAUGUUGAUGUGCAACAAGAGUAAUUGCACUAAAGGGUAUCCUCUUAAAAUUGAGCUAAAUGAGGAGCCGGAUUCCUAUAAAGUUGAGGCGCAACCUGUGAACCCGGAAUUUAUAAAGAAGAUGUUAUCAAGGAUGGAUUACAAAGCAUUAUAUGAGACCGCUAAAUCGCUUGGAAUCGACCUUCCAGUAAACUUUGUAAAUGAAGAUUUGGAAAACGAAAAUUUCAUAAACGCCGUACACCACGCUAUUUUCAAUUUUCAUGUUCUAGAAGGCAGGCUAGUUUGCCCCUCUUGCUCUCACAACUAUAAAAUAAGUAAAGGAAUUCCAGAUAUGCUCCACACCAAUGCCACGAAAUAAUGUUUUUGUAAUAAAUUUAACCCACAAAUAAGGAAUAUAAAUCUGAUCGUAUGUA